UUUUGCCUUCCCCGACUCUACCAGGUAUAUUUAAACUGGAAAAUGGGAAGAAGAGGAGUUGCUUCACUCAGAGUCAACAGUAUUACACCAGCCAAUCCUUAACAUUUCUGCAGUUUCCUCGUGCACCUGCCUGGAGUCACAAGGGUGUUUCCUGCCCAACCUGAGUGUCUCCUUCAAGCCACUUCAGCCCCUCAAAAUCUUUCCUUCUGGGCCUUUCCCAGAAAUAAAUUCCUGCAAGAAAGUAUAAAAGACCAGCUCCUCAGAGCACAGCAACUCUCCUGGCUGCCACAGGAGGCCAAGGCACUGGCAGUGAUGAGGGUCCUUCUCUGGCUCCCAGCCUUCCUGACUUUCCUGAUCUCACUCCAGGCUGCAGCAUCUAACACAAGUGCUCAGUUCAACAGCACUGCUUCCAUCUCAGAUGCUGUGAGUCAGGUCAAGGUCCAAGUCAACAAGGCCUUCCUGGAUUCCCGAACCAGGCUGAAGUCCUCCCUGAGCUCUGAGACUCCCACCACCCGACAUCUCUCACAGUACCUCAAGCAAGCCAAAGGCCAAACCCGAGUAGCUAUCUGCAAURGGCAGGUGUGGGAGGAGUCCUUAAAGAGACUGAGGCAGGAGUCGUCCUUGACCAACGUCACAGGCUCCAGCCUGAACUUGACUUUGCUCUCUUGGGAGGUGGGCUGUGAAGCCCCUGCUCCUGGAGAGAAAUGCGACAUGGGCAGUCCUUACCGCACCAUCACGGGAGACUGUAACAACAGGAGGAAGCCGGCGCUGGGCGCCGCCAACAGGGCCCUGGCUCGCUGGCUGCCCGCCGAGUACCAGGACGGGCUUUCCCUGCCCUACGGGUGGACGCCGGGGAGGACGCGGAACGGCUUCCCGAUCCCGCUGGCCCGGGAGGUAUCCAAUCAGAUUGCUGGUUAUCUGAACGAGGAUGGUGUUCUGGAUCAAAACAGGUCCCUGCUCUUCAUGCAGUGGGGUCAAGUUGUGGACCACGAUCUGGACUUUGCCCCUGAUACAGAGAUGGGGAGUAGCGAGUACUCCAAAACCCAGUGUGAUGAGUACUGUAUCCAGGGAGGCAACUGCUUCCCCAUCAUGUUCCCACCCAAUGACCCCAAGUUGGAGACUCAAGGGAAGUGCAUGCCUUUCUUCCGAGCUGGGUUCGUCUGCCCCACUCCACCCUACCAGUCACUAGUCCGAGAGCAAAUCAAUGCUCUAACCUCCUUCCUGGAUGCCAGCUUCGUGUAUGGCUCUGAGCCAAGCCUGGCCAGUAAUCUGCGCAACCUCAGUAGCCCCCUGGGCCUCAUGGCUGUCAACGAGGAGUUCUCAGACCACGGGCUGCCCUACCUGCCCUUUGUCACCAAGAAGCCUAGCCCCUGCGAGUUUAUCAACAAGACAGCUGGCGUGCCCUGCUUCCUGGCAGGAGAUGCCCGAGCCUCAGAGCAGAUCCUGCUGGCCACUUCCCACACCCUGUUUCUUCGAGAGCACAACCGGCUGGCCAGGGAACUGAAGACCCUCAACCCUCAAUGGGAUGGAGAGAAGCUGUACCAGGAAGCUCGGAAAAUCCUGGGAGCCUUCAUGCAGAUUAUCACCUUUAGGGACUACCUACCCAUCGUGUUAGGUGCUGAGAUGCAGAAGUGGAUCCCCCCAUACCAAGGCUACAAUGAAUCCGUAGAUCCCCGAAUUUCCAACGUCUUUACAUUUGCAUUCCGCUUUGGUCACUUGGAGAUCCCCCCUACUGUGUCCCGCCUGGAUGAGAAUUAUCAGCCAUGGGGUCCAGAACCGGAACUCCCCCUGCACACGCUCUUCUUCAACACCUGGAGGAUGGUCAAAGACGGUGGAAUUGAUCCUCUGGUUCGGGGCCUGCUGGCCAAGAAGGCCAAGUUGAUGAAUCAGAAUAAAAUGAUGACAGGAGAAGUACGCAACAAGCUCUUCCAGCCGACGCGCACCAUCCAUGGCUUCGACCUGGCUGCCAUCAACAUCCAGCGCUGCCGGGACCAUGGGCAGCCUGGGUACAACUCUUGGAGAGGCUAUUGUCACCUCUCACAGCCACAGACGCUAGAGGAGCUGAGUGCUGUGCUGAGGAACGAGAGGCUGGCCAGAAGCUUACUGGAUCUCUACAAGACCCCUGACAACAUCGACAUCUGGAUAGGGGCCAUUGCUGAGCCCCUGGUAGAAGGAGGCCGAGUGGGGCCUCUCCUGGCCUGCCUCCUAGGCCAGCAGUUCCAGCGGAUCCGAGAUGGAGACAGGUUCUGGUGGGAAAACCCUGGGGUCUUCACAGAGAAGCAGCAAGACUCUCUGCGAAAAAUGUCCUUCUCACGCCUGGUCUGUGACAACACUCACAUCACCACAGUCCCACUGAACCCAUUCCAGGCCAACAGCUACCCCCAAGACUUUGUAAACUGCUCAGCCAUUGAUACGCUGGACCUCUCACCCUGGGCCUYAGUGGAGAAUUAGGUGCUCUGGGGCCAUGGCCUCCUGCAUUGCACAGUAACUCUCCUGUUGGCCCAUGUUGCCAUUUGAAGCAAGUUCAAUGUCCUGGUCCCUUAGAACUCCACACCCCAGUCCCUGCCCUUUCCUUU